AUGUGCUCCCCAUCUCCAUCUCCAUCUCCAUCUCCAUUUCGAAUUCUCCAUCCAUCCCCGUCUCUCUCUCCACCCCGCAACGGCUCUCUCUCUCUCUCUCUCUCUCUCUCUCUCUCUCUCUACAAGAAGAAGAAGCUGCAGCUGCUGUUGAGCGCCGCAGAUCUGAUUUCCAUGGAGGUGGAGGCGGUUCCAUCGGCGGCGCCGGCACUGCCCGGAGGGGACGGCGCCGUCCGGGUCGUCGCCAGGAUCUGCCCCCCUUCUGCCGCAUCCACGGCGACGACAGCGCCAGCUCCUGCCGCCGGGACAUCCUUGUUCCAGGUCGCCGCCUCGCGUGGCCGCCGCCCCCGCGCCUCCGGGCCCGGCGCCGGCGCCGUCCUCUCCUUCACCGCCGACGCCGCCGCCGCCGCAGCUCCUCCAACCCCCUCCUCUUCCUCCCAAGGGAGGGCCGCCGCCGGGCAGCGCAAGGAGGAGCACAGGCUCGACUGGUGCUACCUGCAGGAGGAGACCAACCACCACGUCUUCCUCCACGAGCUGCACCCCAUCCUCGUCCACCACCUGCACAACCACACCCAGACCACCGCCGGCACCGCAUGCGUCGUGGCCUGCGGCGCCGCCGCCGCCAAGGACCACCUCUUCAAGGGGUCGCAGGAGCAGCCGGGCCUGGUCACCAUCGCCAUGGAGGAGAUCCUCGACUUCGCGGCGUCCAUCGGCGGCGCCGUCAGGGUCUCGUCCUACCAGGUGGUGCAGGACACCCACGUCUUUGAUCUGCUGGAGCCCAAGGAGCAGGAGGUCCUGGUGCUGGAGGAUGCCCAGGGCAAGACACACCUCAAGGGCCUCUGCAAGGUUCAUGUCAAGUCCAUUGAGGAUUUCACGCGGCUGGGUUGUUUCGAUGAGAACCAGGACAAGCAGCAGCCCACCAAAGCUUCUUCUUCUUCUACCCAGCAGCAACCCACUAAACCAUUUUCUACCCAGCCGCAACCCGCUAAAGCUUCUUCCACCCAGCUACCGGCCAGAGGGCACCAAGGCCUCAUCAUACACAUAUCUAGCUCUGACCAGGACGGCAAAGAGCGUCCCGUGGCCAAGAUCAACUUUCUCAGCCUCACAGACUAUGUGGACCCCAAGCAGAAGACCGGCGGUGCAGCAGCCGCUCUGUCGAGCGGCAACAAGUCCAUGUACACCCUGAUGAAUGUCGUGCAAGCGCUCAACAGCAACCAGAGCUUCGUUCCAUACAGGCAGAGCAAAGUGACUCGUAUUCUGCAAGACUCUCUGUGCAAGACGAGCGGGGCUGUGGUGAUCGCCUGCUUGGAAGAAGUUUCCUGCCAAGAUACGGUUUAUACUCUCAGCUUGGCCGCUCGCUCGAGUCAAGUGGCCACUCAAGCGGCUAACGAACAAUGCCGCAGGUCCACGAGUGUUACAAGUUUCAAAAGGGCAGAUGUUAACUUGUCUGCAGUUGCUAAAAGCUCCUCAAGGCCGAUUCUUUCUUCUACACACCAACCGAAUCCCGUGGUAGAGAAGCAGCAGGAUCGGCCCCAAUGGAAUAUGAGCGCAGUAAAAGCAGCUCGAACUCCCAUUGCGAAUAAGAGGUCUCAACCAACCAUGCAUCCAGCGAAAAAAUCUGAAAACUCGCUCCCUACUCCUAUCAAAGUUACCCAAAAGGCUGCUACACCCACAAUGAGCGGAAGGUCUCAACCAAACAUGCAUUCAGCAAAAAACCUUGAGAGCUCGCUGUCUACUCCUAUCAAAAUGCCUCCAAAGGAUGCUAAACCCACGAUGAGUGGAAGGUCUCAACCUGAAAGCGCGGUCUCUCCUCCAACCAAGAUGAAGCAAAAGGAUGCCAAACCCGCAAUGAGUGGAAGGUCUCAAGUAAUGAUGCGCUCAGCAAAGAAACUUGAAAGCUCGCUUUCUGCUUCUAUCAAAACAAAGCAAAAGGAUGCUAAACCUACUGCAACGAGUGGAAGUGCCUUAUUAUGCCCAAGCACCAAUUCAGCAAAGGAAGAGGCAGCAGUCAUUGCACCAGCAACAGUAACAGAAGUCGAGGAGAUACAAUCAUCACAAGGCAUGGAAAUCGAUGCUCCAUCAACAGAUGAGGGAUUUGACAAAACAGGCGAUGCUUUAGAUACUGUCCCAUCUGAAGUACAGAAGGUGGUCUCGAGUGGUAUGGCAAUCGGUGCCCCAUCUACAGAUGAGGGAUUUGAUAAAACAAGCGAUGCUCUGGAUACCGUAUCAUCUGAAAUACAGAAGGUGGUCUCAAGUGGUAUGGAGGAAGAGGACCAUUCAUCGUCAAGUCUGGAUGCAGCGAGUUCGUGUACCAUGGACUUGGGCGAAACCUGCUCUUCAAACAUUCCUGAUGCCUUUGUCGAGAAGACUCCAGUCAAAACUCACAUGAACACUCCAAAGAUCAGCGACAAGCUGAGAGAGAUAUCAAACUCACUGAAGCUUCUUAAUGCUCGUCCAUUGAGCGUAAUGGCACAAAAGGUAGCCAUGGAAAAGACACAAGAAGAGGGCAUGGAGAAGACGCAAAAGGUGGCCAUGGAAAAGACACAAGAAGUGGCCAUGGAAACAACACAAGAAGAGGGCAUGGAGAUGACACAAGGAGUGGGCAUGGAGAAGACAGAAGAAGUGGCCAUUGAAAAGACACAAGGAGUGGCCAUGGAAAAGACACAAGAAGAGGGCCUGGAGAUGACAGAAGAAGUGGCCAUUGAAACGAAACAAGAAGAGGGCAUGGAGACGACACAAGAAGUGGCCAUUGAAACGACACAAGAAGUUGCCACUGGAACGACACAAGAAGUUGCCACUGGAACGACACAGGAAGAGGGCAUGGAGACGACACAAGGAGUUGCUGUUGAAGCAGCACAAGAAGUGGCCAUUGAAACAACACAAGAAGUGGCUGUUGAAACAACACAAGUGGCCAUUGAAACGGCAGAAGAAGUGGCUGUUGAAACAAUACAAGAAGUGACUGUUGAGACGGCACAAGAAGUGGCCACUGAAACAACACAGGAAGUGGCUGUUGAGACGGCACAGGAAGUGGCUGUUGAAACAACACAAGAAGUGGCCACUGAAACAACACAGGAAGUGGCCACUGAAAUGACACAGGAAGUGGCUGUUGAAACAACGCAAGUAGUGGUGGCUGUUAAAACAACACAGGAAGUGGCCACUGAAACGACACAAGAAGUGGGCAUGGAAUGUGUCCAGGGUGGGACCAACAUAGAUGCACCUGAACCAAAGACGCCUGCGAUGCACCUCAAGGUCGAGCAACCAGCAGAUCCAAAGACUCCUGCGAUACACCUCAAGUUUGAGCAAGCAGCAGAUUAUCCGACUAGUUCAUUCAAGACUCGUAGCACCGGGAUAAAGAAAUCCAUAGUCCAGGAGUGCUUGAGUUUUCUCAACAGCGCUAACAAGGAGCAAUUGAAGAGCUUGAAGGGCAUCGGAGAGAAAAGAGCAAAUUACAUCAUCGAGCUUCGUGAGCAUUCACCGGAGCUGUUUAAAGGGAUAGAUGAUCUGAGGGAUGUCAUUGGAAUGAAUAAGACGGAGAUAAAAAAGAUGAUGGCGGGGAUCAUCAACAGCCCCUAAUCUAAUCCCCUUGAUUGCUGAUGAUGGAUGGAUGCUAAUUUCUUUGUGCACAGUGAAGGAGGGAUUUAUUGAGAGUAGUAGUGCAACGGUUGGUUGUUGGUUGUUGUUGGGACGGACACAAGAGAAGAGAAGAGAAGAGAAGAGAAGAGAAGAGAAGAGAAGAGAAGAGUGGCAUUAUGUUUUUGGUGGUUUGGUCUCUGCAUCUGCAUUUUGUGGUUCAUGAAUGAAUGAAUGAAUGCAGUAAGUAGUGCAGUGCAGUCAGCAGGUGCUGGGUGUUGCAGUUAAUUAGGAGUAUAUUUCUUGAGUGUGUGUGUGUGUGUGUGUGUGUGUGUGUGUGUGUAUAAUAAUCUUCAUUCUAGCUAGUUUCCUGUGUUGGUGUGGGAACUGCUUACAUUUCAACUUGAUGGAGCCUUUGCACUCGACUUGAGAUUAGACUGCAUGCAAACACAGAUUCAUCAAUCAAAUGGUAGAGUAGAGGGGAACUUGAAUUGCCUCCC